AUGUAUAUGACGUAUACUAUUGUCUCAUAUAUACUUUUGCACGUUCUGCUGAAGGUGAACUCCUCUCAGUCUCCUACCCGAUCACAAUCCCCUGGAGGGUUCAAUUGGAGAGAGCUUCUUGUAGAUUCGCCGAAACUAUCAAGUGAGGUUGUAGACAAACCCACGCCACAUACUUCGUUAUAUCCCACGAAAAAGGAAAUAUUGUUAUCUGGAACAAACACCAGAUCUUCCAGAGACACAGCACCACCUCAAGAACGCACAAAAGAUGUUUCAACACAUGAAUCCCUUCUAAAGGGUCUCAAGAAAGAAAGAAGACGGAUAGCCAAUAGAGAGACUCAUGAGCGACACAGGCAAAAGUUGAGGGAAAAGAUAGGCUUUUCAAGUACUCGAGACGCUAGAAUGUAUCAUUUUCGUCAAUUAGAAAGGACCGGUGAAAUAAAUGCUCAUCAACAAAAAAUCUUGGACGAAGAUCGAGCUAGAAAACGUAGGUGGAAAAAAGCUGCAGAUGAAAGAAAAGCUUUACAACGUAAACAAGAACGGUAUGAUAGCCAAAAAGAUGGAAAAGAGAAGAGGAGGUAA